GGGAAGGAGGGAGAGAGACAGAGAGAGAGGGAGGGAGAAAGAGACAGAUAUAGAUUUGGAGACGGACAAAGAGGUGGCUGAAAGUGAGGUAGUGUGUGCGUCUGUUUUGAUUGGAGACAUGGAGAUGGAGCAUCUAGGUGUGUGUGUUUCUAAACCAGAACAAGGAAACAGUCGCGUCCUGAAGGCUGCGCUGGCCGCAUGUGUGUGUUUCUGCAUCGCUCUGCUGCUUGCUGUCAUACUGGUUUCCCAGAGAGCCAAUCAGGAUGUCUUCUGCCUAACUCCAGAAUGUAUUGAAGCAGCUGGUUCUAUCCUCAGUAAGAUGGACCGGGCUGUGUCUCCCUGUGACGACUUCUAUGGGUUCUCCUGUGGUGGCUGGCUGAGAGACAACCCUAUUCCUGAAGACUCCUCUUCAUACGGCGUCUACCCCUGGUUACGCCAACACGUUGAUAUCACACUCAAAGACUUGCUGGAGGCUCCAUCAGAGUCAGAUGAGAUAGAAGCUGUCAGGAAGGCCAAGGUCUUCUACCGCUCCUGUAUGGACGAAGCUGUAUUGGAGAAAAUGGACAGUGGUCCUCUGUUGAAGCUUUUACAGCAGCCUGAGUUCCACUGGCCCGUCCUGGGGGAGGGGCUUGGGGGGGAGUGGCUCUGGUCACCAGGACGAUGGGACCUGCUACAGACAUUGGCUCAGAUUAGGAACCAACACAGCAAGAGUGUUCUGAUUCGCUUAUACAUCGCCCCAGAUGACAAGAACUCCACCAACUACAUAAUUAAGUUGGAUCAGGCGCUGUAA